CCUCCAUGCAAGCCAUGUUCGGAGAGUCUGGUUUGAUCACGUGCUCCAUCAGACCCAGUCCAGCUGGCCUUGAGAUCUAGAAUUGUGGUUUCCCCACAAUGAGAAUAGUCCUAUUCCAAUAAACCAGAAUGAGCCUCAUGGACAUCGCCAAGAUCUUCUCUCUUCUGCAGCCUGAAAAGGAGGAGGAGGACACUGACACUGGAGAGAAACAAGCUCUCAAUCAAGCUGUAUAUGACAAUGACUCCUGUACCCUGGACCACCUUCUACAGCAGGAGCGCUAUAAACGGUUCAUCAAUAGCAGGAGUGGCUGGGGAAUACCUGGAACACCCUUGCGCUUGGCAGCUUCUUAUGGCCACUUGAACUGUGUGAAGGUCCUACUGGAACAUGGUGCUGAUGUAGAUAGCUUGGAUGUCAAAGCACAAACACCACUUUUCACCGCUGUUAGUCAUGGUCAUCUGGAAUGUGUGCGCGUGCUUCUAGAAGCUGGCGCCUGUCCUAGUGGUAGCAUCUACAACAAUUGCUCUCCUGUUCUCACCGCCUCACGUGACGGUGCUGUUGCCAUUUUACAGGAGCUCCUAGGGCAUGGUGCAGAGGCCAAUGUCAAAGCUAAAUUACCAGUGUGGGCCUCAAACAUAGCUUCAUGCUCUGGUCCCCUGUAUUUGGCUGCAGUCUAUGGGCAUCUUGACUGUUUCCGCCUGCUUUUACUCUAUGGGGCAGAUCCUGAUUACAACUGCACUGACCAGAGUCUCUUAGGUCGUGUUCCACAGCCUCGCACACUUCUUGAAAUAUGCCUUCAUCAUAAUUGUGAUCCAGAGUACAUUCAGCUUUUAAUAGAUUUUGGAGCUAACGUCUACCUUCCAUCUCUCCCAUUGGACCAGACCUCACAAGAUGAUAAAGGCAUCAAAUUGCUGCUGCAAGCCCGAGCCACCCCGCGGUCACUCCUGUCUCAGGCCCGUUUAGUUAUCUGCAGAGCCCUGGUCCAGGCCAAACAGCCACAAGCCAUCGAUCAGCUGGAUGUUCCCGCUGUGUUGAUUAGCUACCUCAAACACCAAUGAUAAGUUUUCAACCUUCCAAGGAACCCGUGAUACCUCCAAAAGACACCUGGUAAACCAGGUAGCUUGAAUAUAAUAUGCCUCAUGACUUCACUGAUGUAUUACCCUCCAUAAUAAAGUCCCCAGCAAAGUAA